AUGAUUAAAUUCUCUUGGAANGUAAGUUUGUGCUGAUGCUGCUGGAGAAUAAUGUGUCAAUACUGCUCAAUCCACUUUGACCUUGUGUUCUGAUGAUGCUUGUGAAACACCUCUCAAUACAAAUGAAUUAGUAAAAGGAGAAACUAUUUAUCUUAAAUAAUCAAUCACUUAAGAAGGAUUUAAAGGAGGAAAAUGGAAACCAAUGGAUGCUGAAAUAACAGUAGUUGCUAAUGGAGUAACAAAGUCAGUUAAACCUAAAAAAUUGGAUAAAGGAUAGAAUGGUGAAUAAAUGUAUCAACUUAAAUUAAACUUCUUGGGUAAUAAAGUCACCAUUGGUUGUGAAGCCUAAAUGGGAGAAACAACAGCUGCUAGAAUUUUGUAAGAAGCAGCAGAUGAUCCUUCAGUUGUAGGAUCUACCUCUGUUUCAUGUAUUAAAGAGACUUCUUCUAGUACAUGUCCAACAGAAGAAUAAGUACUUACUUACAAUUCAGAGAAUUGUUCAGGAGUCUCAUGUGAUGAUGAUGAAAGUUCAAAUGCAAUGAUAUUCAAAGUUGUAAUUACAAUGUUAGGAUUAUUGAUAUUAUGA